AGUGAGUGCUUCAGAGCACGGAAGUUGUCAUACGGAGCUAAAAAGAGCUGCAGAGAGGAGUGCUGAUGUUAUAACCUGAAAAUAACUGUCUGUGCUCGCUUACACACCCCUGAGCUGCGAGUGCUUCUCGGAUCUGAAGCUGUACAGACAGCAGGAGUCGCCCCGCGGCUGGAGGACGGAGCUGAAGCAGCGACAUGGAGUGGUUUGGAGGCGGCGUGCUUCGACCUGAACAGGAGCGAGAGGAAAACACGCCCUGCGCACACCCACACGAGCCCAGUGCGGAGAGCAUGGCGUCUCUGUGCUUGAGUCAGCAGCGCUGUGUGAAGGCCUCGAUCGCGUCGCAGUGGCAGCUGGUCGAGGCACAGGACCAGCUCUGCGGUUUGGAGCUCCACAGCUCAGAGUCUGUGGAACAGGAGCGCGCCCGAGCCCUGGCCUCCUCCGCGGAGCUCUCUCAGACAGAGCAGGAGUGGAGGCAUAAAGAGAGGAUGCUGGGACGGAGCCCCACUCUGUGCCCCGAGGCCAGCCGUGAUGUGUUUGACAAGAGUAUAAUAAACAGUUCACAGUCUUGGCCUAAUGAAUCCGAUCAUGAUAAGAACAUAAGCUUCAUCCAGCAUAAUGAAGAACUCUUGAAACAUUUUGGUAUGUUGAGGAGGUGGGAUGAUAGUCAACGCUUUCUAGCAGAGUACCACCAUCUCAUCUGUGAAGAAACGGCCAAUUACCUGAUCCUGUGGUGCUUCCGUCUGCAGGCAGUGCAAAAAGAGGCCUUAAUGGAGCAGGUGGCUCAUCAGGCAGUCGUCAUGCAGUUUAUUCUGGAAAUGGCCCGCAACUCUCAGCAAGACCCACGAGGCUGUUUCCGUCAGUUCUUUCAGAAAGCCAAAGCAGGGCAGGAGGGAUACUUGGACGUCUUCCACACAGAACUCAAUGACUUUAAGCAGAGAGUUAAAGUGUAUACCAUGAAAUCAAAAGGAGAAACCCCAAAGGAUCCAGUGCACCAAAACACACCACCAGGCUGUCGCCUCGACCCCAAGGAGGUUUUGGAGUCUUUGCCACCGGAACUGAAAACAUGCAUCCAAAUGCAAGAUAUGCCGAUUCUUCAGAACGUGCUGAGCAGCAUGAACCCGCAGGUGGCAGAAUACCACGUGAAGCGUUGCUUGGAGGCAGGACUUUGGACGAAUACACCACGAGCCUCCAAAGAAGAGAGUUCAGAAACGGACGAGUGGAGAAUGAUGGAGAGCUAGCAGACGAAACUUCACUAGGAAAACAGCUUUGGGUGGCAAGACAGGAAAUACAAGGGCUGUGCUCAGAGACGUUUGAUUUGUAUCCGUGCCUGAAUGUGUGCUGCACUUUAUAUUUGUUUAAAAGAGAAAGUAUUUUAAAAGAGAUAGGGAACUGAAUUUUGAGGCACUUCUAUUUUUGUUCCAUUUCUGUUGCUAUCUUUUUCUUCUGUUUUAGCAUUUCGGAAAAAAGUUUAGGAAGGUGGUACACGCAGUAGUGCAAAGGAAAACCUCAUAGUUUGAAUCUUUUUGAAUUUUUUUUUUGAAACAUUCAAACUCCAGCUGCUAUCAGGGAACUGUUUCAUGUGUCGUCUGUGUGUGGAUGCGGCAGAUAACAGUCGGCUUCCUGCAGAUAGACAAAUGACAAUAAGGCGAAGCCGGACCUCCCAUUCUGCUAUCUUCACGAUGGAAACAAGACCUUUGCAAAAAGUAAUUUGUAGGUCCAAUAGUAUGGCAUGAAAGCCAGCAAUAUAGGGUUGUUACCUACAAUUACAAUGAAAGAGAUUCACAUUCACUAUCAAAAUAAUGAAAACAGUGUGUGUUUGAUAUGAUGUCAAAAGCAACAAAUAGCGUACGUUUAAGGGAUAGUUCACCCAAAAAUCAUUAUUUCUCAAUCUCAUGUUAUUGCAAACCUGUGUGACUUAUGUUUAACACAAACAUGUUUUAUUCAUACAAUGACAGUCAAUGGCGUCCAAUCAGUGUCGUUUUGGACCCCAUUGACUUUCAUUAUAUGGUCAAAAACAAGAAACAUUCUUCUAAAUAUCUCUUCU